CCUAUAAAAAGGGCAUAAGUUGAGGUUGAAAUCCAUAUUAUUACACUACAACAGUAAAAAAGUAAAAUAUCAAACCAUGGGAGAAUAUGAUAUGAGCAUUAUUACCGCUGCCGCUGUCAGCUACCUCAUCAUCCUUCAUUUGCCAAUUCAUUGUAAUGCAAUUGUCAGAGGAGAGAACAAUUUCAUUCCCCAAGGAGAUGUUGAUCUUUUAGAAUUUCCACUGAAUUUAGAGUACCUAGAAGCAGAAUUCUUCUUAUAUGGUUCUCUGGGAUAUGGUUUGGAUAAAGUUGCACCAAAUCUAACCAUGGGAGGGCCACCUCCUAUUGGUGCUAAAAGGGCUAAGUUGGAUCCUUUCAUCAGGGACAUCAUAUUGCAAUUCGGCUACCAAGAAGUUGGUCAUGUGAGGGCAAUUAAAAAUACAGUCAAAGGAUUUCCAAGGCCAUUGCUAGACUUGAGUUCAGCGUCAUUUGCCAAAGUGAUGGAUAAAGCAUUUGGUCAUCAGUUGAGACCACCUUUUGAUCCUUAUGCUAAUGCCUUGAAUUUCCUUCUCGCAUCCUACCUGAUUCCUUAUGUUGGACUCACUGGCUAUGUUGGAGCAAAUCCAAGACUUGAAUCUGCUGUCGCCAAGAAGCUUGUUGCAGGACUUCUGGGUGUUGAAUCGGGUCAAGAUGCAGUAAUCAGAGCACUGCUUUAUCAACGUGCAGCAGAAAAGGUUGAACCAUAUGGAGUGACAGUGGCCGUGUUCACACAUCGCAUUUCAGAUCUGCGGAAUAAGUUAGGACGCGCAGGUAUAAAAGAUGAAGGCAUUGUGGUACCCAAAAACGAGGGUGCUGAGGGUAAGAUUACAGGGAACGUGCUUGCUGGAGAUAAGGACUCACUCGCAUAUCCAAGAACCCCUCAGGAGAUUCUAAGGAUUGUGUAUGGUGGGGGUAAUGAACAUGCUCCUGGGGGUUUCUAUCCAAAGGGAGCCGAUGGCCACAUUGCUAAGUCCAUGGCAUAUAGCAAAUAAUGCUAUUCUACGUGUUUUCUACUUCUAGAUCAUCAAUAAAGAGGGAUUUCACUUGCUUUGUCA